UCAGUACGUGGCCUUUUCCUCUGAGACGGUUGCUGCAGAAGCUUCACUUCAUUACAGAAUGGAACUCGAGGCCAUGACCAGAUACACCAGCCCGGUGAACCCGGCUGUGUUUCCCCACCUCACUGUGGUCCUGCUAGCCAUCGGCACCUUCUUCACUGCCUGGUUCUUCGUUUAUGAGGUGACAUCAACAAAAUACACAAGAGACAUCUACAAAGAGCUGCUGAUAUCCCUUGUGGCUUCACUUUUCAUGGGCUUCGGUGUUCUGUUCUUACUACUGUGGGUCGGCAUCUACGUAUGAAGGUGACUGGAUUAAAAGAAUCUGACACAUUCCAGCAGAACACAGGACAUCACUAACAACAUACAGGAUUUUGGUUAUAUUUAGAUGGCACUGGCAAUAUUUUGGACUCUGGAUUUCAUUUCACUAGUAAAGGGGAUUUGUACAACU